GCCCUGCUGGGGCGCAGGCCCGCCGCCCCUCCCGGCGGCCCCAUCGGCGGGGAAGCCGGGGCCGCCCUUUGCCGAACGUCCGUGCUUCGGGUGGUAAUCGGACAACCCGCAUUCCUGGCGUCCUUCGGGCUUGCGAAUCGAUCGAUCAGUUUGGUGACGUAGACGUUUGCAGAGCCGCAGCGGCCCUGCGGGCGCGUGUGGGGCGUUUCGCCUCCCUGGACCUCGCAGCUGCCAGAAGUUCCCGGGGAUCCCCCUCCCCCCCCCCCGUGGGUGCAGGGUCCCCGUGUCUCACGGGGCGUGCUUAGCGCUUUGGGAGCUGUUCUUGUGCACCUCAUCUCCUGUUAAGGACUCGAGCACCCCCACACCUGGCGCUUUAGGGAGCCAGCAAAAUUAAGGAUAAAAAAAAAAAAGAAAAGAAACCCUCGAAACUUGAGCGCGGAGCCCCUACAGGCCGGCUACCGAGUUUGGCGGCCCGGUAGCCCCAGCCGCGAUCCGCUUGGGCCCGGAGGUGCCUCGCGUUAUCCGAAGGCUUCCAGAGGGCUGGAGCCGGGUGGUAGGCUCCCUCCCUGGCCGCCCAGGUCCUGGUGAUACCUUCUUUAUCCAGGACGCAGUGGGGGGAGCUUGUUCUUUGGAUAGGGCUUUAGUGAUUUUUUUUUUUAAUUUUAUUUUUAAAAAGCUCAAGAGGUGGAGGUGGGGGAGGGGUAUACAAAUACAGACAGGUCAGAAGUUGCCCUGGCCCCUGUAACCGGUGUCCGUCUGUCCCCAGCACUGGCGUGGAUGCUCCCCCCACCCGGCCUUUGGGGACUCGGUUGCCUUUUGAUGGCGGCAGCAGCUGCUGCUGGGUGAGCAGCCGGAGACUGUCCAGGACUCCUCCCGGCGGGAGAGGAGCUUGUUCCCCCGCCGUCCCCACCACCCGAUUGGUGGCGGUGCCUUGCCCGCUUGACCUGUCCACCGCGCUCGGAGGGAGAAGAAGAUGCCCCUGCCGUUCGGACUGAAACUGAAACGCACCCGGCGCUACACGGUGUCCAGCAAGAGCUGCCUGGUUGCCCGGAUCCAGCUGCUCAAUAACGAGUUUGUGGAGUUCACGCUGUCUGUGGAGAGCACUGGCCAGGAGAGCCUGGAAGCUGUGGCCCAGAGACUGGAGCUGCGAGAGAUCACUUAUUUCAGUCUCUGGUACCACAACAAGCAAAAUCAGCGCCGGUGGGUGGAUUUGGAGAAACCUCUCAAGAAGCAGCUGGAUAAAUAUGCCUCGGAACCUACUGUCUAUUUUGGAGUGGUGUUUUAUGUGCCUUCAGUGUCCCAACUGCAACAGGAGAUUACCAGGUAUCAGUAUUAUCUGCAGCUGAAGAAAGAUAUCUUGGAAGGGAACAUUCCUUGUACAUUAGAACAAGCAAUUCAGCUAGCAGGCUUAGCUGUUCAAGCUGAUUUUGGUGACUUUGAUCAGUAUGAGUCCCAAGACUUUCUUCAGAAAUUUGCCUUGUUUCCUGUGGGGUGGUUACAAGAUGAAAAAGUAUUGGAAGAAGCAACCCAAAAAGUGGCCUUACUGCAUCAGAAAUACAGAAGGCUCACCGCUCCCGAUGCCGAAAUGCUGUACAUGCAGGAGGUAGAGAGGAUGGAUGGCUAUGGAGAAGAGAGCUACCCCGCCAAGGAUAGCCAAGGCAGUGACAUAUCCAUUGGAGCAUGUCUUGAAGGGAUCUUUGUGAAACACAAGAAUGGAAGGCCUCCUGUGAUAUUUAGGUGGCAUGAUAUUGCUAACAUGUCCCACAACAAGUCCUUCUUUGCAUUAGAGCUGGCCAAUAAAGAGGAGACCAUCCAGUUUCAAACUGAAGACAUGGAAACUGCAAAAUACGUGUGGAGACUCUGUGUUGCACGACACAAAUUCUACAGAUUGAAUCAGUGCAGCCUGCAAACUCAGACUGUCACAGUGAACCCACUCAGGAGGAGGUCGUCUUCAAGAGUGUCCCUGCCUAAGCCCCAGCCCUAUGUGAUGCCUCCCCCACCCCAGCUGCAUUAUAACGGACAUUAUACAGAACCAUACACUUCCUCCCAAGACAACCUCUUUGCGACCAACCAGAAUGGAUACUAUUGUCACUCUCUGACAAGUCUGGAUCGAGCCCAGAUUGACCUCAGUGGCCGGAUCCGAAACGGCAGUGUAUACAGUGCCCACAGUACCAACUCCCUCAACAACCCGCAGCCCUACCUGCAGCCCUCCCCAGUGUCCUCCAACCCAAGCAUCACCGGGAGUGACGUCAUGAGGCCCGACUACGUGCCCUCGCACCGGCACAGCGCGCUGGUCCCCCCGUCCUACCGCCCGACCCCGGAUUACGAGACGGUGAUGAAGCAGCUCAACAGGGGAAUGGUGCACGCCGAGAGGCAGAGCCACUCGCUGCGAAACCUCAACAUCGGCAACUCGUAUGCCUACAGCAGGCCCGAUGCGCUGGUCUACAGCCAGCCAGAGAUUCGGGAGCACGCCCACCUCGCCUCCCCGCAGUCGGCCCACUACCCGUUCAGCCUCAACUACAGUUUCCACAGCCCGUCUCCCUACCCGCACCCCGCCGAGCGACGCCCGGUGGUGGGUGCUGUCAGUGUGCCCGAGCUGACCAACGUGCAGCUGCAGGCUCAGGACUACCCUGCGCCCAACAUCAUGCGGACGCAGGUGUACCGCCCGCCGCCGCCCUACCCGCCCCCGCGGCCGGCCAACAGCACCCCGGACCUGUCCCGCCACCUGUACAUAAGCAGCAGCAACCCCGACCUCAUCACCAGGCGCGUGCACCACUCGGUGCAGACCUUCCAGGAGGCCAGCCUGCCGGUGGCGCACUCCCUGCAGGAGGUCAGCGAGCCGCUCACGGCCGCCCGGCGCGCGCACCUGCACAAGAGGAACAGCAUCGAGGUGGCAGGGCUGGCGCACAGCCUCGAGGGCCUGCGGCUCAAGGAGCGCACCCUGUCCGCCUCGGCCGCCGACCCGCCGCCGCGGCCCGUCUCGGCAGGCUCCCAGCCCGGCGGCUUCCCCGAAAGGGCCGAGCGGGACCAGGCGGACGAGCGGGGAGGCCUGGCCUACGGCCACAAGAAGUCUCUGUCUGACGCCACCAUGCUGAUCCACAGCAGCGAGGACGAGGAGGACCUGGAGGAGGACGUGGCCUCACUGGCGGUGCCUCUUCCACAGGCCCGCGCGCCCCGAGGCCGCCACUCCCCGGAGCCACCCCCACCGCCUCCCCCCGGCCCCUCCCGCGGCCCCGGCGGCCCCACCCCUGCUGCCCUGGGCCAGGGUGCCCUGCCAGGCCGCGAGCCCGUGCCUCUGCUCAGGGAGGCCCACCGACCCCGCAGAGAGGGGCUGCUCACGCCCUCCAUGUCCGAGUCCGACCUCACCACGUCGGGGCGCUACCGAGCCAGGAGGGACUCCCUGAAGCAGCGGCCGGUGUCGGAUCUCCUCUCUGGAAAGAAGAACGUCGUGGAAGGCCUUCCGCCGCUAGGGGGAAUGAAGAAGAGCCGGGUAGAUGCUAAAAAAAUUGGUCCUCUCAAGUUGGCUGCCCUAAAUGGACUCUCCCUCUCUCGACUGCCUCUGCCAGAUGAAGGAAAGGAAGUGCCCGCCAGAGCCACCAAUGACGAGAGGUGUAAAAUUCUGGAACAGCGGUUAGAACAGGGAAUGGUAUUCACAGAAUAUGAAAAAAUUCUUAAAAAACGGCUGGUUGAUGGGGAGUGCUCAACAGCACGACUCCCUGAAAAUGCAGAAAGAAAUCGAUUCCAAGAUGUCCUUCCCUACGAUGACGCCAGAGUGGAGCUGGUCCCAACUAAAGAAAACAAUACGGGCUACAUCAACGCGUCACAUAUUAAGGUCUCUGUCAGUGGAAUUGAGUGGGAUUAUAUUGCCACGCAGGGACCGUUACAGAAUACCUGUCAGGAUUUUUGGCAGAUGGUGUGGGAACAGGGAGUGGCCAUUAUAGCAAUGGUGACUGCAGAGGAGGAGGGUGGAAGGGAGAAGAGCUUCAGGUAUUGGCCACGACUUGGUUCCCGUCACAACACCGUCACCUAUGGGAGGUUUAAGAUCACAACCCGGUUCCGCACGGACUCUGGCUGCUACGCCACCACAGGCCUGAAGAUGAAGCACCUGCUCACGGGGCAGGAGAGGACAGUGUGGCAUCUCCAGUACACAGACUGGCCUGAGCAUGGCUGUCCAGAGGACCUCAAGGGAUUUUUAUCAUACCUUGAAGAGAUCCAGUCUGUUCGACGCCAUACGAAUAGUACCAGUGAGCCAAGAAGCCCCAACCCUCCGUUGCUGGUCCAUUGCAGUGCUGGUGUGGGAAGGACUGGCGUCGUCAUCUUGUCAGAGGUCAUGAUCGCCUGUCUGGAACACAAUGAGGUGCUGGACAUCCCAAGGGUGCUUGACAUGCUGAGGCAACAGAGGAUGAUGAUGGUGCAGACCCUCUGCCAGUACACAUUCGUGUACCGAGUCCUCAUUCAGUUCCUGAAAAGCUCCAGGCUCAUCUGAACUCCCACAGCUUGUUAUGGGGACCCAAUCUUGUGAAGCGUUUACAGCUGAAAACAAGUGCUCGCCUAACUCGUCCUUCCUCACCGGAUACCCGAGAGGCAGCGCGCUGCCUGGGCCUGAAGGACGGCCCCAUGAAGGCAGCGUGUGGAGGGGGCCAGGCCGGGCGUCUGAGCCUGGGAAAGAUGCUGAGGAGAAGGACUUGGUCCCGAGGGCCCAGCCCCACUCCCAUCUGUCCGACUUGCAGCACUUGCACACUUUGUGGAGGUUGUUUUCUAGACAAUUCUCUGUGGUACUGAAGCUGUGCCGGGCAACUCUGGCAAUCAGUGAGGCGCAUAGAUUUCUAUCUUUGUUAAUGGAAUUUUAUUUUAUAACUAAAGUAUUUGGGGUUUUCUUGUUGAGAAACUGAACUUUUCUGCGGGGAUGGUCCACAGGUGUGAUUGGUUCCUCUAGAAGUUUGUAUUUAAAACCGUUACUAUCUCUUGUUAUUUUUUAAAUAAAACCUUAACAGUUUAGCUACCAAACCUAAAACUACAAGAAGAAUCUAAAAGUGUUAUUUUGAAACAGAAGGCAUUUUUAUAUUAAGAAAAUUUUUUAUCCUGAAAUACUCUAUAUUUGUACCUUCUAUAUUUUCCAAACAAGAGUUCAACUCAUUAAGGUACUGAAAUAAAUCAUUUACUGUAAGAGAAAGUUGGGAACGAAGGCACAUUGUCGAAAAUGUAAGACAAUAAUCAGAUUCACUCCUUUUUUCAGUAUUAUUUGUAAACCUAAGCGAGUUUGAUUUUAUUGGUUGAAAAUGAAGUGAAAACCAAUUGCAUAGGUGGUUUUAAGCACUUUGUUGUUAAAGACAAAUCUGAGUUUUGAUGUAUGUAUUGCUUGAUAGAUGAAACAGUAACAGCGAAUUUUGUUCAGAAGAAGUGCUCUGGAAGAGAUAAGGAGUAAGCAAGCGUAUGUCGGAUGUCAGGGCAAGAGGAAGUGUAGCGGAAAUGCGCGAGGGCCAGCGUGCGAUGCCUGUGACAGAAGUACAGUAUUAACCACACUCCGAGAGGCUGGGGUGGUGGCUGAGCCCCCACCUGGUAGGUCCCCCCCCCCCGGAGUUCAAGGGCCGUCACUGUCUGCGACUCACUCUUUCCUUGGAGUUCUUGUACCUAAACUGUCCUUUUUAAAUUAAGUCAGGUUUAUAGUCUCGUUAAAAGGAGCCUUGAAGAGGCUUUAUUUUCUUCUGAUUGAAAGAAGGGAAGAGUUGGUAAUAGUUUCACCUCAUUUCCCAAAACUUCAGCCCCAACUUGUGAGGCCACCAGAGAUUGCUGUGCUUUUUGAGAGAUGCUGGGGUUUUAGUGCUCGAAGCCCCUACCUUCACCCCGGAGGUCAGUGGGUCAGUGUCAGCUUCUGGGUUCCUCCCCCGGCCCCCCCAGCCCUGUCGCAUCCCAAUGGCAGAACCCAGCUGAGUUGGGGGGGGGGGGUGUUGCCUUCGGUGCCGGCUAGAAAGGCCUUGCUAAGAGGCCCUCACGGAGGGACUAACGGUCCAGUAACGCUGAGGCGCCAUCUUGUUUUUCCUUCUGAGGCUGCUUCUCUGAAAUGCGGAGCUUCCAGGGCUCUUCCCCUCAUUUCAAUAUCCUAGGGAUGGUUCUGAGUCCCACGUUCGCUCCUAUAGCAGUUUAACCCACUGUAGUAACCACUGAGUGUGUGUUUCAGCUGUGAGGCAGGGCUUGCUGCCUACAGGGUCUGCGUAUCUCCGGGGUGCCCCGAAACCAACCCCCUGAGGAGAACUCAGAAGAUACUAAUGACAGUGAGUAGUGGAAGUGGGCACAUUGCUCACUUAGGGACAAAAUGUUCAUUUUAAACCUGAAAUUGUUUUAAGACGUCCUGUGUAAGCAACAGUAGACCCAAGUGCAAAUACUGAGAGAGGGCUCCCAAAAGAAUGGAAUAAGAGUUUUAUGGUCGUGUUUCCCAUCUCCACACAUCAUGUAAAGGACAGGAAUGUUGCUUCUUUUUCUCCUGUGGUAUGUUUUUUUAAAAAUGCUUUUCUGCAGGUUUAAACAUUUUCAAGUGUCCCAUUGAUAAGAACAUACUGUAAUGUAAAACAAAGACCUAAAGAGUAAUAUAUGGUAUAUUUGUGUUCGGUUGUAAUAAUUAUAAGUAAAUUACUUCUGAGGGCUAAAUUACACUGUUUUAAAGGUCACUCUUAAAAUGUCGCAUGUUUGACUAGCUUCUAAGACUCAUGUAAUUUCUUAUCCCUUUUGAAUAUUUAAACUUUUUUUCAGUUAGUAUGAUAUGAAAGUAUUUCUGAAUAAAAAUCGGCAUUACUGGA